AUGGCUCUGAUCAGGCUGGGUUUUGGAGGGCAGCAUCUUUGUCUGCUAAAGAGAAGGAGUUCCUUGCUGUUGAAACUCACAGCUGUUGUCUUUGCCGUGCUUCUGUUUUGUGAAUUUUUAAUCUAUUACUUAGUGAUCUUUCGGUGUGAUUGGCCUGAGGUGAAAACGCCAUUCCACAACAGUGGACAAAAGACUCUGAAAGCCAUGUUUUUGGCUGAUACCCACUUGCUUGGGGAAGUGCGAGGCCAUUGGCUAGACAAAUUACGAAGGGAGUGGCAAAUGGAGAGAGCCUUUCAGACGUCUCUGUGGUUGUUGCAGCCAGAAGUCGUCUUCAUUCUAGGGGACAUCUUUGAUGAAGGGAAGUGGAGCUCCUCCCAGGCCUGGGCAGAUGAUGUGGAGCGGUUUCAGAAAAUAUUCAGACACCCACGUCACGUGCAGCUGAAGGUAGUUGCUGGCAACCAUGACAUUGGCUUCCACUAUCAGAUGAGCACAUACAAAAUAAAACGAUUUGAGAAAGUUUUCAACCCUGAAAGGCUGUUUUCUUGGAAAGGAAUGAAUUUUGUGCUGGUCAACAGCGUCGCCCUGGAAGGGGAUGGCUGCCACAUUUGCUCUGAAGCGGAAGCCGAACUCAUCGAAAUUUCUCACAAACUGAAUUGCUCGCGCGAGGAACGUGGCCCCGGCCGGUGUGGGGGGGCGCCGCUGCUGCCCGCGUCGGCCCCGGUGCUCCUGCAGCAUUUCCCGCUUUUCCGGAGGAGCGAUGCGAAUUGUUCCGGGGAAGACGCUGCGCCUCUGGAAGAGCGGGCCAUCCCGUUUAAGGAGAGAUACGACGUGCUUUCCCGGGAGGCCUCACAGCAGCUGCUCUGGUGGCUGCGACCACGCCUCAUCCUGAGCGGCCACACGCACAGUGCAUGCGAGGUGCUCCACGGCACCGGAGUCCCCGAGAUCAGCGUGCCAUCUUUCAGUUGGAGGAACAGAAACAACCCCAGCUUCAUCAUGGGCAGAUUGACGCCCACAGACUACGCCCUUGCCAAGUGCUACCUCCCCUACGAGAACACCGUUCUGGCCACAUACUGUGUAGCAGCUGGGCUCCUGGUGGUCCUCAUAUUAGUUCACUCUGGGCUUCUACCCUCACCUCUUCUUUUUGGCUGGAACCUGCUCAGAAAAUUUAAGACAACGUAAAGAGCAGGAGACUUUUGUAUUUCCUAAUACGUAACAAAGCCCAAGAAACUGGACCUUGGGCAGGGCUCACGUGAGAUGAGAUCAAAGGAGGCUGUCUUUACACACAUCACAGAAAUUGUAAAUCACUGAUGCGAAUUCCUGCAGAAUAAAUAGUUGAUGGUACUGUUCUCAUGCUAUAAAAAUGGAACGCGUACUCUACAACAAGUCUGUUUUCUCAUUUUAUCAAAUAUGUGUAUAAUCAAAGAUCGUGUCUGUACAAUAUGUAAAAGCUAUUGAAGUCACACUUGCAUGCACUAGACUGUCCUACGUCCCCCAAGAUGGCGGCGGCCUGGGAACACACUCGGGAUUGUUUGCACAAACACUGGGUUUGCUUCUGUCCCCCUACAAAGUCCUCAAACUCUUAUAUAUUAGAAAGCUGUACACUUAAAAUAAUAAAAGUACAGAUGCCACAAGCAGGAAUAUAUUGUUUUCGCAGACUUUUGUACUUCUGUGCUAAUAAUGGAAUCAGAUUUUUUGAGAAGUGUAAUUUUCUCUCCAGCAGACCAGGCUGUUAAAUGUGAAUGUAAUGCCCGUCCACGAUCCAAAGAAACUUGAAAAAAGGACUGGGAAGUGGCUUUUGGUACUUAAAAAUAAAUAUGUUUUGAUAAUUUUAAGCCAGAUAAAAUGUGUUCUUUCUGUGUGUCUUCUACGAGCCUGGCUCUGUCUCUGAAUAGGAAGUUCAGUUGCGAGGGAACUGCUGAUAAUGUAUGUAAUAGCACACGACU